AAAAGGUCAUAAAAUAUUUCUGCUGCUGAAGGGAUGAGGGAAAUAAAUUAAAAACAAAAAAAAAGUUGUGAGAGAGGAGACGUGAGUGAAUAGUGAUGCUUUGGAGCUGAAAGGAGGGGCGAGUGUCACCAAAGGAGGAGAAAAAGGUACAAAUAAUAUAAAAAAGAAGAAGAAGAAAGAAAGAAAAGAAAAAAAACCCUGAUGGAGGGUAAAAGAUGCCCGCGCGCGUCUCCUGCCACCCACCAGAAAUCGAUUGCGUUACAUCCAGAAAUCUCUCCACUUUGACGUAUAAAACGGGACGCAUGGUGUGGACGAGUCGAGUGUGUUCUCCAGAGUCGGACAGGAAUAUACACACACUCAUACACACACACACACACUCAUACACACACACACCAUCGGCCUCCUCCAAUCAGUGCUGAAAAAGCCAUGCAGGCUGAGAAGAGAUGGCACAUAUUGUUGAGUGUAAUUGUUUUGCUCAUCACCUCCAGCCGGUGCAUGGACAGUAGAGAAGCGACACAUGCAGACAGUCAAACUCUGCUGGACCUGCUGCUGCGCGUGAUCAAGGACGGCGAACGGGAAAAGAUCAACACGCGAGAAAAAUCCGCCUACAGCAGGCCUAUAGAGAUCGUCCUGAGAGACAUCAGCAUUAAAGACAGGUUUAUAAAACAUUUCACAGCAGGACCAGUCAAGUUCCCGUCGGAGUGCAAGAUGCAUUUUCAUCGGAUUUACCACAACACACGGGAGUGCAGCAGACCAGCGUUCUAUAAAAGAUGUGCGAGAUUGCUGGUGAGGUUAGCGAUGAGCCCGCUGUGUGCUCAGCCGUAGCAGCGGAGCGACAGAAAAAUCCUGAAGUUACAGAAGAUGGAGCUCUGAGGAAUUUGGGGCAAAUUUAUUUUCCGAGGAAGUGCCUUCCAGUCACACCAGUUAGACCUAGAAAUCAAAAUAUAUUACUGAAAUACUGUCACACUUUAAUUUGCUCAAUCAAUUCAAAAUAUAGUCCGCUUUGAAUUGUAUGUAUUGUUUAACAUCACAGCCAUUUAUUUAUUUAAAUGAUGUGUAAAUAUUCAGUCCUGAUAAUCAGAUAAUAUAUUUAAUGAAAUAUAUUGUUUUGUGUCCCACAGAGUUUUAUAGAUAUUUCUAUAUUCUUCAUCUCAUCCUCAUGAUUGAUUUGUGUUUUGUGUAUAUGAACGUUGCCUCUUUUUUUGUCCAAGUUGCUUACGAUGCUGUGCUUGUGGUGAUGUUUAUUGUGGCACUUAUAGAAAUCAGUUCAAACACUUUAAACAAAGAAAAUCGAUAAUGGAAAUAAUUGCACUGAUGUUUUGAAAAAAUAAAAAAGAUUCAAGCA